GUUGAUGUGGCAAGUACUCAAAGGAGAUGUGCGGCACGAUGCGGUCAUGGGGCACGAAUGAAUCUCCGGUUCCUGGGCAGCCUUGGUUUCGCGUUCGCGUUGCUCGUCAGAUGUGUACGUUCAUCGGACGUUGUGACUUCCCAAACAACACUCUCCGUGGUAUCGAUGAAGCUCAGCACGGUCGCCUGGAACGGAGAGGAGAAGGUUUGGGCGAACCUAAUACCACUGGUCGUUACCGUGGGAGUUACAUUGGUAGCGGAUAUCGAUAGUCGACAACGCCUUCAUUUUCUUCGAACCUUGCUCUUCGCGUCAGCAAACAACCGUAUGCAGGAAUUCGAGGGAACAACAACAAAUUCAAAAGCAAAAUUUUCCCCGGUCGCGGACGUGAUUGGUGCUGCACUGAAAAAUAUCGUGCACAAGUGACCGUAUGUCCCUCCCCAUAUGUUAUUUUAUUUGAUGAUGUGACCAAAUUCUGAAUCUUGAAACCCCAUACGCCAAGUUCCCCAAUAUUGAUCAGUCCAUUGUCAUUAGCGCUAACAUCAAUGAGUGCCAGCAGCAGGUGGAUGGUGUUUUGCACGAGAUCUCAGGUCUAGGAAACGUGAUGAAUGGUAUAAAGAAUCGUCAUCAGCAACUCGUCGAAAAGAAGAAAAGGAUCACCCAGUCUGUGAAUUUGCAUAAGGGACUCGGUUCGGCUCUCUGGCACUUGCCAACUGAAGUCCUAUCCCACAUUUUCGUUUACUCUCCCGGAAGCCGGGUGCUUGUCUCCCGCAUCAAAGCUGGC